AUGACUCAGCGUCUGCCAGUGCACUGCUUUCAAAACCAAGACAAUUGAGCUCUGCGCAGCUCAAAAGGGCGCACCUUUGCCAUUGUUUACGGGCUCCUCAGAUCUUAAAUCUGACCGCACCCAAUAGACUGAAUCCUUUUUGGUCCAAGCAACCACAAUAUGGCGUCCACCAACCGCAUCGCCCCCACCUUUGUCCUCGGCUCCAAGCUCGAUCCUGCAGAGCGUCAAACAGAUGCGCGCCCCCCUCCUGUCCCACCACCAACUCUUAUGCAGAGUCUACCGUACGGUUUGGCUCCUAUAACGUCAAAGCUAAAACGACUGGGGACCAGGACUGCCCUUUCGAUCUCACAGAGCUGGAGGAAAGGGCCCCCUGCAAACAUUAUAAGACCUGGAGCUGCAGAAGAUGAACCUUUGGGCGUCACAAAUACCGCAAUCGCGUCCAGCAUCUUUUUCCAGAUGCUUCUCUACUUCAACGUACAGUAUUCGAUUGUCUGGUUCCCAGCAAUGCUAACAUCACGGUUUCUGAAGCCAAAGUUUGGGGUGGUUGAGGCAGCGCUGCUCGUUCUCUUCCUAGUUUCCGAGCCUGUCCGGUUGGCCCUAGGCUAUAGUGGAAAUUUGCAGGAGAAGGUGCCCUUCGUUGCAGCCUUCAUGCUACUCACCCUCUUUCCGGGCCUGCCUGUCUGUCUCUACUUCAUGUUCGUCCAAAAGCACUUGGAACCUUCCGAUAAGGCAGUCGGCACUUUGAUGGCCAUUUUUUUGGUCCUGGAGCUGUUCACUGCAGUUCAUGCUAUCCGUCAGCUUAUACGAAGUCAGACGCUGAAAUUCUAUCUGGAGGAUUACGAAGAUGUGCGAGAGCAACUGAGAAAAGGACUGACCUUGGACACAUAGCGUCUCCGGAUUGUCCAGCCGUUUUCAGGGUUACCGUCACUUCAAAUUUUACUGUACAUAACAAAAGGCUGUACAGUGCCAUUGAAGCAAGGUUGUGCCAC